AUAUUCCUCCAGUGUGUCGAAAGCAAAACAAAUCGUGGUUUGGCGAGGAAUUUGUUCCGCCUAUAGAAGUAGGCUGCGAUCAGAUGUGUUCCUCGGGUUUCGAACUUUGUUUUUUGACAUAAUUGUUUGCAAGAGAAGCGAAAAUUUUACUCUCGUUUCCGGAAUCAUUUUGAAGAGAGUACGCGAAAUCCCGCUGUGUGACAACCGGUUCCGCGAAAUGUGCCGAUAAAUUAGAACGGAUUGCUGCGAAAUCAACCGCGAACAGACCGUUGUUCGAAAUUAAUUUUUAUUUUUCCCCCGUUUUUUCUUCCCAACUGGACGUCCGGAUAAUUACCGAAGCUUAAACUAAGGGUGUCUAACUUGUUGGAUCACCUUGCGGCCAGGGGGUGUGUAGAGAUGAACAUCUCAACCGUUUUCAUGGACGAAACACUCGUCUACCUGUACCGGGAGAUGAUGGAGAACUACGUCCCGACGUACUUCAAGACGAUGGAGUACACGCCGUGGGUUUUCUCGCUGCUCGGGUCGGCCCUCAUCGGACUGAGCGGGAUCCUACCACUGCUGGUGAUACCGGGCGGCGACAAGGACAGUAAAGAUGCUGAGUUUAAAGAUCCCGCCGAAUCGAAAACACUCAAAGUUCUACUCAGUUUCGCGGUCGGAGGAUUGCUGGGCGAUGUGUUUCUGCAUUUGCUGCCGGAGGCAUGGAGCAGCGACUUGGGGAAGAGCGAGCAAGAUGGGCAUCCCUCGAUGCGCAGUGGCAUGUGGGUGUUGAGCGGGGUGCUGAUAUUCACAAUCGUGGAGAAGAUCUUCUCCGGCUAUGCGAACGCCGAUGAGGACAACCCACAGCCGAAGUGUGUCGAAAUAGCGACAUGUUUACUGCGCAAAAGUGGUAAACUACCCGAAGGCUUCGUGGGUAACUGUGGCGGUGGAUCCUGUGAUAUCGAGGAUGUGCCCAAUGGAUGUUUCCUGGCGGGAAAGGCUGAAGAGAAGAAAGAAUCCGGCAAGAAGGUGGCGGGAUAUCUGAAUCUGUUGGCGAACUCGAUAGACAACUUUACCCAUGGGCUAGCGGUCGCCGGUUCGUUUCUGGUAUCGUUCCGACAUGGCGUGCUGGCCACGUUUGCCAUUUUGCUCCACGAAAUUCCCCACGAAGUGGGUGACUUCGCAAUCCUCCUGCGGUCCGGCUUCAGCCGAUGGGACGCGGCCAAAGCCCAACUAUUGACCGCUGGAGCAGGUCUCCUAGGGGCGCUUGUAGCGAUUGGUGGCUCGGGAGCCACCACCGCGAUGGAAGCUCGAACAUCUUGGAUUAUGCCUUUCACCGCGGGAGGAUUUCUUCACAUCGCCCUGGUAACGGUGUUACCCGACCUUAUAAGUGAGAGCGAACCGCGCGAAUCGAUUAAACAGUUUGCCGCUCUGCUGCUGGGUAUUGCACUGAUGGCGAUUAUGACCGUGUAUUUCGAACACUAGAAAUCUCUCUCUGUGUGAGCGGAAUGUCACCCCACCCAAUGAUUUCCCACACACAAGAUGUUUUCCCCAAAUUGUGCUCUAGUUCAUGGAACUCUGCCACGAUCUCCUCGAUGGAAAUCGUGUAUUCUGUAUGCCAUAGCCCUAACACAUCAAAUUACUAACGCGUAGGUAAUAAACUAGACCCUUAACAAAUUAACCUGUUAAUUCCCAAACUCUGUUAAUGACUGUUUGAUAGCACAAAGCAGACAAACAAAAAAAACUCGGUGCGAUUAAUUGGAAUAGCCCCCGUUUUGCUCCGGUCUUGCGGCUUUUUAACGUGGGCUCAUUCCACCAUGUGAUAUUGUUAUCAAUCAGCAAUCGGCGGACAGUCGAGGAAGUGUUCAUCAAAAAACACUCCAUAUAUAUAUGUAAACUCUUUAGUUGUUAGUCAGUUAUUGGACGGAGCAAACCUAGUGUGGUAAGAUUCGAUAAUCUGUAGGUCGUUUUUCUUCACUACAUUGUGUAUAUAAUUACUAUAGAGAGGGGAGAUACAAAUGCAAACGCAGAUGGAUUUGCAUGUGCGCAUCGAAGCGUUUGCGCGUGUUCACUACUCGAACAGAUUGGCAAAGAUAAAGAAGGAAGUAUAGAUUUGAAGAUGUUUGACGCCAACGAAGGCGAUGCGUUGUGAUAUCACGUAUGAUAUUCAAGCUAAACUAAUAAAAGUGAUCGAUUUUAGUGAAAAUUUGCUCGUGAUGAUUAAGAUGUAGAUAAAUUGUGUAUUUGUCGAUGGUGGGAAAACUAAUCCGAUAGUCCUGAAACUAAACUAACUGAUCGUAAACACCGAACGGAAAGAAAGUGUAUCACCUGUAGGAAUGUUCCUUGAACCCGAAUAUCGAAAGGAACCCUCUGAAAAAUGCGAGCUGAAGAGGCAGAAGUUGCUCGCAGAGACACACCAAAGAAUGUCUGUGAACUGACAGGAAUUACUGUCAUCCACGAACAGAUAGAAUCUCGUUUUGCCAAGACGAAAUACUCUACAUCAGCUAGUUCAGAAUAGCCCAUUUUUCAGCAGCCGCACGAAAACUAUUGUUUGACUGUAAAAUCUGGCAAUAGCUGGCAAAAUCUAGCAAUAGCGCAGAUGGUAAGCGCGUCGAGGAGGGAAGUUGCCCACCACAGAAACAUUCAUUGCUCCUUAAAACUUCGUUUUGUCAAAUUUGGUUCCAUUUGCUUGGUUAGUUCUCGAGUUAUGCAAAAAAAUUGUGUUACAUUUAUAUGGCAGCCCUCCAUUAGAGAGCGGGAAGGAGCAUAGAACCACCAUAGAAAUAUUUCUUGCGCCCUACAACCUUCACAUGCCAAAUGCGGUUCCGU